AUGCCAGAAUCUGAUUGUGUGGAAGAGAUCCUCAGCUACCUGAAACUCUGCUUCUCCAGAGAACCUCUGAUGGCCACGGUCUGUGUUCAACAGUUAUUGAAGACGUUGUUUGGUACCAACCUAGCCUCCCAGUACGAGGGGGCCCAGGGCGGUCCUAGUCGAUCCCAGGGGAAGGCUCUCCGUCUGGGCUCGUCCAGCCUGAGACCUGGCCUCUAUCACUACUGCUUCAUGGCCCCCUACACACACUUCACCCAGGCCCUGGCCGACGCCAGCCUCAGGAACAUGGUGCAGGCUGAGCAGGAGCAGGACGCGUCAGGGUGGUUUGAUGUAAUGCAGAAGGUGUCCAACCAGCUGAGAUCCAGUAUCACCAACGUGACCAAACAGAGAGGAGACAAGAAUGCGAUCCACAACCACAUCCGUCUGUUUGAACCUCUGGUGAUCAAGGCUCUGAAACUUUACACCACCUCCACCUCUGUAGCGCUGCAGAGACAGGUCCUAGACCUGCUGGCGCAGCUGGUACAGCUACGAGUCAACUACUGUCUGCUGGACUCAGACCAGGUGUUCAUAGGUUUUGUAUUGAAGCAGUUUGAGUACAUUGAGGUGGGACAGUUCAGAGAUUCCGAGGCGAUCGUCCCCAACAUAUUCUUCUUCCUGGUUCUGUUGUCGUAUUUCUACCUCAAACAGAUCAUCAGCAUCCCCAAGAUCAUCCAACUGUGCGACGGCAUCAUGGCUAGUGGGAGGAAGGCUGUAACACAUGCCAUCCCAGCCCUGCAGCCUAUAGUCCAUGACCUGUUUGUUCUGAGAGGCUCCAACAAGGCUGAUGCUGGGAAGGAGCUGGACACCCAGAAAGAGGUGGUGGUCUCCAUGCUGCUGAGACUCAUACAGUACCACCAGGUGCUGGAGAUGUUCAUCCUGGUCCUCCAGCAGUGUCACAAGGAGAACGAGGACAAGUGGAAGAGACUGUCCAGACAGAUUGCUGACAUCAUACUGCCCAUGAUAGGAAAACAACAGAUGCACCUGGACUCCCCUGAGGCUCUGGGAGUGUUGAACACUCUGUUUGAGACGGUCGCUCCCUCCUCUCUCCGUCCGGUAGAUAUGCUGCUGAAGGGAAUGUUCACUACACCUGCUACCAUGGCUAAUGUCAACACAGUUCAGUUGUGGGUGUCAGGUGUCUUGGCUGUCCUCAGAGUCCUCAUCUCUCAGUCCACUGAAGACAUAGUCCUCUCUCGUGUCCACGAGCUCUCCCUCUCUCCUCUCCUCCUCUCCUGUCCCACCAUCCGACGUCUCCGCGACGACAGCAGCCUCUCAUCGCCCCCGCCACCGCCUCUGGCGACCCCGGCAACUGUCGCCCCCGACAACCAGGAGGCCAACGGAGAGCGGGUGCUGCCGGAGGAGACGUUUGCCAGGUUCCUACUCCAGCUAGUAGGAGUGAUGUUAGAUGACAUCUCGACCAGACAGGUGAAGGUUGACAUGACAGAACAGCAACACACGUUCUACUGUCAACAGCUGGGGACUCUGUUAAUGUGUCUCAUACACAUCUUCAAGAGUGGCAUGUUCCGUAGGAUCACGGCAGCAGCCACUCGUCUCCUGAAGGGUGAGGCUGUUCUGGGUGCAGGUCCAGGGGUCAGUGGUGUCUUCUACCCCCUAGAGGGUCUUAAUGCCAUGGUGGGCUGCCUGGUGACCACACACCCCUCUCUGGUUCUACUCUGGUGCCAAGUCCUCCUCAUCAUCAACUACACCAACUACAGCUGGUGGACAGAGGUACACCAGACACCCAGGAGACAGAGUCUGUCCUGUACCAAGCUGCUGAGCCCUCAUUCAUCAGGAGGGGUGGAGGAGGAGAGACCAGAGGCCAGGCUGGCCAUGUGUAACAGAGAGAUCGUACGCAGGGGAGGACUCAUUCUCUUCUGUGACUACGUGUGUCAGAACCUGCACGACUCGGAGCACCUGACCUGGCUGAUCGUCAACCACGUCCGUGACCUCAUCGACCUUUCCCAUGAGCCUCCGGUGCAGGACUUCAUCAGCGCCGUGCAUCGCAACUCGGCCGCUUCCGGACUGUUCAUACAGGCUAUACAGUCACGCUGUGACAACCUCUCUACUCCCACCAUGUUGAAGAAGACUCUCCAGUGUCUAGAAGGGAUCCACCUGUCCCAGUCUGGUUCUCUGUUGAUGCUCUACGUGGACAAACUACUGAACACUCCUUUCAGAGUCCUGGCUCGUAUGGUUGAUACUCUGGCCUGCAGGAGGGUGGAAAUGCUGCUGGCUGAGACACUACAGAACAGUUUAGUCCAGCUGCCUGUGGAGGAACUGGACAGAAUCCAGGAAUACCUUCAGAUCAGUGGACUUGCUCAACGGCACCAGAGGUUCUACUCCCUGCUGGACAGGUUCCGAACCACCGUUGCCGAGGACACCAGCAGCCCCUCCCCUCCUGUGACAUCACACCCCCUAGAUGGGGAACCGCCACCUGCCCCUGAACUAGUCAAGGCUGACAAGGAGUGGUAUGUUGCCUUGGUGAUGUCCCAGUGCUGUCUCCGUGGUGACGGGUCGUUCCUGGAGACAACGGAACUCCUGACCAAACUACCUCCUGACGACCUCUCUACCAUCAUGACCUGCAAGGACUUCAACCUGUCUCUCCUCUGUCCGUGUCUGAGUCUGGGGGUUCAGAGGUUAACCCGGGGUCAGGGGUCGUUGCUAUUGGAGACGGCCCUGGCCGUGACCCUGGAUCAUCUGAGCGGGGUCACACAACUACUUCCUGUUCCACACCGUUCCUUCCUGCCGCCGGCCAAACCUGACCCGGCCGAACCCUACUGGGACAACUUGGCUAUCGUCUAUGGUGAGGCUGGACUCUACCCGCGGGUGAUGUCUCUGUGUAGAGCGCUGUCUCAGUAUCUGCUGUGUGUGGGUCAGCUUCCUUCCCCUCUGCAAAUCCCUGAAGACAAACAACAUCUCAUCACCACCUUCACCACCAUGGCAACCGAGUUGGUGGUCUGGCGUGUUCUCCAGGACAGUGUUCCUCUGAGUGUUGACCUGCAGGGGGCUCUGUCCUGUCUGUGUCUGGCUCUGCAACAACCCUGUGUCUGGAACACACUGUCUACAGCCCCGUACAAAACACACACCUGCUCUGUCAUACACUGUCUACGACUCCUCAUCACUGCAG